AUGUCGCCCGCUAUACAGCAGCCCCAUGUCAUCGCGCAAUUCCGCCAACUGAUCUGGCAGGCCCUGGACACAGAGUCUUUGCCGACAGCCUUGUUUGUGGCCGAGCGACUGCUUGCCUACGACCCCAAAAGCGCCGAUUCGGUACACAUACACGCAGUGUGUUUGUACAGGGACGGCCAGUACCAGGCUGCGCUGCACGUGGCGAAGAAUUGGUCAAAGCAUGUGGGGUGUGCUUAUGUUUACGCGCAGUGUUGUUUGAAGCUCGGUGGCGGGAAAGAGAGUGAAGGGGUUAGUGUGUUGGAGGGCUGUAGACGGCAAUGGACUGGGACUAGUUCAUGGAGUCAACAUUCAGACACGGAGAGAAGGGCAGUCCCAGAUGCUGCCUCAAUAACUUUCUUAAUUGGAAAACUGUGGCACGCACUCGGUGAUAUAAAAAAGGCAGUGGAAGCAUAUGUAGUAGCUGUAAAGAUUAACCCGUUUCUCUGGGAGGCAUUCAUUGGGCUGUGCGAAACUGGCGUAAACCUCCGAGUCAAUAAUAUCUUUAAACCUACAGCGGAGAUGCUGGAAUCGCUUAAACUUCCCUCAGCAAGUUCACUAAGUGUUUCGGGCACAAUACCUGAAGAAAACGCUUCGGUAAACGGCCUACGAAACGCCUCAGAAAACCUUCAAAACGAUCCCUUCUCCUCCUCAAACGGGGGCGCGAGAGACCGCGACCUCGCUUUCAACAACCACCCAUCAUUCUUUAAUAGGUUAAAUGAGGGCUUGGGAAACAUUGGGGAGGUUGAAACUCCAACAGCGCAGUCCUCAAAUCCCUCGUCGCACGAAAUGCUUGGUGGGGGCAACAUGAAUGCCAUUCCGGAAAAGCCCCCACCAGUUCGCAAGACCCGCGCGACGACUACUGAAAUCACGGCAAGGAAGCUCUCAAGUAGAAACACUCGUGAAAUCUCCGACAACUCGAAGCGCUCAACGACGACGACGACAAUAUCACAGGAAUCUACAACUACCGCCGCGCCAGCACGCAGGAGUACACGGCUGACAAGCAAGUUCACGAGUAAGCUCGGCGUGGGCGCAGAGCGGGAAACGAGACUAGCAACCAAAGAACGGGAGAGAGAAGCCAAAAAGAUAAAGUCGACCGGAAGCCGUAGCAGAAGCUUGCACAUCAGCAGUGGGACUGGCGCCGCGGCAAAGGAGCGGGAGAAGGAGAGAGACAAAGGAGGGAACAGCGAAGAUGUUAAUAUGACCGAUGCCGCGGCCGCGCAGAAACCAAUUGCCGCCGCCCCGACGGUGACGUUAAAACCGUUGACUGACUCGAAGAAGGAGGAGGCGAUGUAUUAUGUGUUGGAUUUGUUCAAGAAGUUGGGGACUGGCUAUUUCAGCCUCAGCAGAUUCCAUUGUAAAGAUGCGCUGCAGAUUUUGAGUACACUGCCGACGAGCCAGAAGGAGACGCCUUGGGUACAGAGUGCAAUUGGAAGAGCUCAAUAUGAGAUGGCUAAUUACGCCGAUGCCGAACGAAGUUUCUUGAAAGUACGACAACUCGACCCUGUGCGGACGAAGGAUAUGGAGGUGUUUUCCACGAUCCUUUGGCACCAGCGGAAAGAUGUCGAGCUAUCAUACCUUGCCCACGAAUUAGUUGAGCUUGACCGGCUCUCUCCCGAGUCAUGGUGCGCACUUGGAAACUGCUUUUCCUUACAACGGGAUCACGAUCAAGCUUUAAAAUGUUUCAAACGCGCUACACAACUCAACCCCAAACUUGCAUACGCUUUUACCCUCCAAGGGCACGAACAUGUCUCAAAUGAAGAAUAUGAGAAGGCGCUCUCAUCUUACCGCUCUGCCAUUGCCGCCGACUCGCGUCACUACAACGCCUGGUAUGGUCUUGGCAAGGUAUUUGAGAAGAUGGGCAAGUACGAUAUCGCGGAAAAGCAUUUCCGCACCGCGACCAAGAUAAACCCUACCAACGCCGUCCUAGUAUGUUGCGUCGGUAUGGUUCUUGAGAAGACUAAGGAUUAUACGGGGGCAUUGGGCCAGUAUAAGAUUGCGUGCGAGAUGGCACCCGGGAGUGCCCUGAGUAGAUUCAAGAAGGCGCGAACGCUCAUGAGCCUCAAGAUGUACCCUUCGGCUCUGAACGAACUGAAGAUAUUGAAGGAUAUUGCGCCCGAUGAGGCGAAUGUGCACUUUUUGUUGGGAAAGCUGUAUAAGCUGUUGAAGGAUAAAAAGAAUGCAAUUAAGCACUUUACAGAUGCAAUGAAUUUAGAUCCUAAGGCUGGGCAUCUUAUUAAAGACGCGAUCGAAAACCUCGACGAUGACGAUGACUCUUAUUCAGCUGAGGAUCCAGAGGUCAACCGGUUCCUUGAUCAUUAA